GAUAUUCAUGAGCCGGUGACAUUGAGUGAGCCUAGAUGGUGCAGUUAGUUCGAUUCUAUGAAUGUCUACUGCCUGAACCUAUCUAGUACUAGUUCUAGUUCUAGCAUGUCACGACUACGAACAUCUUCUAUCUACUAAGUCUGGGAUUCAAAAUAUGUCCUAGCCGUCUCCUAAGAAUCAACAGACAUCUUCCACAAUUUUCUCACACAUCAUGGCCUUGUCACUUCGCCAAUUGCCUUCUUGCUUGCGCCUCCGCGCACGACUCACUCGUGGGCUCUCUUCUCAAGCUUCGAGUGCUCUUCCACGAUCACCUUUAGGCGAUGCAGGUAUUGGAGGGUCAGCAACAUCUUCCAGUGUGAACCGGUCGUCGAUGUCAGAGCAAGGUGUUGCUUUAAGGCUCGUGACAAAAUGUAAUUCAUCACUUUCCUCCAUUAGGCAACAUGGAGAUGCAUACCUGGUUUAAGGUAAAAACCAGAAGCCAAACCAUGGAGUGGGUGUUGAAAAAUACCUUGCUUCUCUUGCAAAUCUCUCCCUAUUUUCUUCUCCUCGUUCUGUACAGAGGAAGUACUAACUUAGCUCUCUUGGGUUGGUUAGGGUGAAGGUUGGCGGUAGCUUUUCAGAGUUUUCUGCCAGACGAGUAAAUGGAGGUAGAAGAGUUAAGUAGAUGAAUCACUGUGAGCGCUAAUUGCUGGCGGCGGAGUUGCCUUAUACGAAUUGCUCUCAAGGACGCCUUCACAUAUCAUGCGACCGCUCUCAGCGGUGGUGAAUAGACCGACAUCCGCGCUUGCCCUCGACGUCUACGUAUGUAUGCGAUUUGAAAAUCAUUAACUACUUGCUUUGUGCCUGCUGGUUUGCUAUUUGUUGCUGUUGUCACUCAUUCUUAGAUCACGAAGAUCAAAGUAGACUUCUUAGAUCACUUACUGAAUCCGCUAGUAGAACUAAGGCAUAACUUAUGUCUUCUGAAAGAACUAAGGCAUAACUUAAGUCUUCUGAACUAACAAGUAGACUAAGUCGAUUUCUGAAACAAAAACUAUUUCGAAACAAGUCUGAACUAAAUUCACUCAGUCGAUUUCUGAAACAAAAACUAUUUCACUCAAGUUCCAUGACUAAAUUCACUCAAGUUCCAUGAUUCUUUCACUCAAGUUCCAUGAUUUCACGCAAGUUUGAUGAUUCUUCAUAAUCGGACGAUUUGCUGAGGCGGCGCGGGAAUCAACAAGACUGGUCAUCACUGACCUUGGAGCAGCGCCAGGAUCUCGACACGUGGCGUGAUGCGACCGGAGAGCCCCUCGCGCAAAAUGAGGCUAGAGCACAACAGAUAGCUGCGGUACUAACAUGAAGAUCAUAGAUACGUUUUUAUUUAGGCGAUAAACAAGAUCGUUAAAUCAAUGCCUUACACUCUUUGGCUUUAAAGUUAUUUAGGCGACGUUUUAUCUUCAUGUUGAAGUAGAGGUAGAAGACGUACUAGACAUCUGUACUUCUAGUCCUCCGACUCUUACAAGAAAUUAUAGUGAUUCUUGGUACAUGAAGAUCUGCACAACUGCUUUCAUGUUUACAACUGCUUAAAAAUCGUAAAAACCGUUGUACUUGAGUACUAGGUGGAUCGAUCUUCUUUACGACUGAUGAAUAGUCGUAGUUUCAAGCGUAGUUUUACCUGCAAAGAGACGAGCACCUCGCUCGUACAACUAGAACACCUUCUGAACAACACGCAGUUACUUUUUCAGGUAGAGGCGACCAUUCCAACUGCGGCGCAGGUUCGACACGACGUGCGGCGGGUCCUACAGCAAGGCCUCCACGUUCUUCGCGUGAAUCGCGACAUCCUAAGAUCGGAUGGCGGACAUGCUAAGAUGAUGGACAGCGCAGCCAUUCUGCCUUUAUGGUCUUGGGAGUGGCAAGAUCUUACUAAUAUUUAUUAGUAUAACAAGAAAACAUAUCAAGUUCAACUUCAACAUCGAGUAGAUGAAUCCUAACAAGCUAUGUCUUACGCAUCUCCUUCGCGCUUCGUAUUCCUAAUAUUUAUUAGUAACUUAAUAGACGUAGAUCAGUAUGUAGUUGCAAAAUGUGGUUGGCAUGGUGGAUCAUGAUAAUGACGUUCAUGUUCGCCACGAGGACGAGUGAGGAGAAAAACAACAUAGAACUAGAAGAAGAAUGUCACGUAUUCCUUCUAGUAGGCUGUAGAAAUCAGCAUUGUUGAGAAUUGAGAUAUGAGCCCGGCGCCAGUUUGUAACUAAUGAUUUAUAAAAGCUUGAGUUGGCGUCUGUAACCGAGAAGGGAACUUUGAGAAUAUUCAGCUAUGAUCCGAAUAUGCAUUUUCUGUGUAGCUCUAAUAUGAUUUGUGCUCGUAUUGACCGCGUUCGCUUUCUUGGCUCUGGGCUGCUUGGCGCAUCCUCUCGAGUUUGAAUGCCAAAUGCAUCUGAUGUGGGAGGCCCUUUCUCUUACGUGGUGGGCCGCGGUCUAUGCUGGCUUGGAUUUCGCAAAGGCACCCGGAACACUUACAGCAGGUAUCGAUGCUUACCUGAUUUGGCUCCUUUUUUCGGGAACGAGCGCUGGGGGCGGAACGAGUCUCUGCGACACCGACGAGGGUGCUGCGGGGCGUCGGGUCCGACGGUGGUAGCGUGCAGCAGCCCAAGAGGGGCUAAUACUGGUGGCGUGCAGCAGGAAAAGUGGCGGCGCGCAGCAGGCCUGCCGAUGAAGUGCAAGUCGCAAGCAGGCAAACACCUGAAGAAAGUCAGCACGGUGGUGCUGAAUGGAUUGCCUGGCGGGCCUCCUGCCCCUGCGGUUGCCAAGAUGGCAAAACCAAAACGCGCGCCGUCGAUCUUCGCCAGCGGAUCUGCUUCCCACUCGGGGGAGAUGGCCACCCGACUGGCACCGAAGCCGAACAAAGGCCGGCGAACAUCAUCCGCCUGCUGGUCAUGUGGUCAGCCUGUGCGGCAUCGUUCUGCCCGGCUUUUCCACCGUUGUGACAGGCGCGCGCGCAAGGACUCGGCGGGCCGGAGAUGGCUCACAUAUGAAGAGACUCGGGCGGAGAGGUGGCGCCGGACUGGGUUGCUUGGCGAGGAGAAUCAGGGGACAGCCUCAGGAAGGAGCUGCGACGAACUUCCCCUGUGGGCGCACAUGCGCUGCGCAUGGGCGGGCCGUAGUGUCGGGAACGCGAGGCCGAUGGGUGCCGCGCUAAAGCUCGAAGAAGUUCAGGGACCCGCCUGGGCGAAGCGUGAAGAGGAGGGGCUGGCCUUGGCUCGCGCGUUCGGUGGGGCAACGACAUCGGGCGACGCCGUCUCCUUGUCCUCCAGCGCGGAAGGGGGUGCGGUGCCGCGAGAGCAGAGACGGGAAGCCCUUGCGCCCGCCGUCCGCGACAAAAGAGGACGCACGCGAGCGCGCGGAAGCCGCGUAGAGUACAAGGCGGCGGCUCUUCUCUUGCGGCAAGGAGGACUCUAAUGGCCACGCUUCUGCGGCGGCGCCUGGCCAGCAACAUGCCCCCGGCGAAUGCUUCCGGAGUAUCGUGCUCAGACAUGUUUCGCGAGGUGCCUCAUGAACGUGAUGAGGCGAGCGCAUACUUUUCGCGCAGAGAGCUCGAGGGGUGGAGAUUGGAGAACCGCAGGCCCGCCUGCGCUUUGGUGGCGCCGGAGGAUUGUGACAGCAACGAGGAAAGCGAGCGCGCCGCGCCUGCUUGCCUUUUGCGCGCAGAAUUCGCGCGGCUUGUUGGCGGCCUUCUGGAAGAGUGUGACAAGGAAGAGAAGCGAAGACGCGAAAGUCCGCCGCCCGCGCGUCGGCGCGCUCCUGUGCAACCUGAUGGAGAAGGCGGGCCUGCCGCCAGGUCUCGACGCUGGCGGGUGUUCGUGUGCUACUGCUACGCCCAGCACCCGGCUAUCGCGGUGAGUGGGAAAAUGACCAGGCUGCGCGUGGUGGGAGUUGUGAAGUCUGGCCUUGGAGAGUCGGAGCUGAAGAAAAUGCAAGACGUUGGGCUUCGCGCUGGCAUGGGCAGCCCCCGGCUGCGCGAACUUGCGGCCAGCGCGUAGCCGCGCGCACUCUGUCGGCGUGGAGGCAGCGCAUGGCGGUGGAGGCAACCCCCUCCGAGUUUAACGACGAAGCGGGCAAGCAGUUUCAGAACGGCGACGAGAGAAGCGGCCCACCGGAGCAGAUUAGGCGGCGGGGGUGGAUAGGUGGCCAGCUACAGGAAGGGCAGCGGCACGCGGUAAACACGGCGCGCCACGGUCGUUCUGUAGGGCGCCCGCGUUACAGACGGGCGGUCUUCGCGCAGGACGUCAAAGCGGAGCAGUCGGGGCGCUGCGAACGCUCGCAAAACAGCAGCGGCAUGACCCGGGGGCGCCGCGUGGUCCAUUAUUCAGCGCCAGCAGGAGAAAAAGCCCCAGCCACUCAGACACCGCGCGGCGGCACCCACUCGGCUGCGGCUCCGUGCGCUUCAAGUGGAGGGGUCCGCCCUCCGGCUUGUCGGGCACUACGUACUCUGCGCGCCAAGUAGACGCCGAGGGGGGCCCCGAAGUAGACCGCGCGGGCGCGGCCCGUUCGAGUCCAGCGCAGGCCCUCGAGCUGCUGAACUGAACUUUGUGGCAGCCCGCGGACUGGAGUUGCCGCGAGGAAGCCAGUACGGGAGUCCAUCGCCUCGCCACGGAAAAGAUGCAGCACUCGCAGCACCUCAUCCGCGCGCGCGCCAAGGCUUUGGCUUUGGAAAGCGCCCCGAGCGGGUGGGCCCUCGCGGCAGAAGGUGAAGAGGCUAGCCCACCGCGCGCUGACGGUCGACGCGGACGCCGUCCCCCGCUGCCACUGUGCUUCGGAGCGAGGUGCUGCAUGAUGGCCCCCCUGGCGAGACCGCGGGGGCGUCUUCGUGCUGUCUUCGCUUUACCAGAGUCCGUCGUGGAUACGCCUGCAGGCUUAUCGAUGUGAAAGUGAAAGGCUGGCAAAGCGAAGAGCCCGGAUGACAAAAGGCGCGGCGCUGUUAUUGGGACCGACCGCAAAGCCUUGGAGGCGUUCGCCCUGAUGAAGCUGCGAGAGGCGCGCAGUGCUCAGUGCUGUCGUGCUGGCAUGGAGCCAAGCAGCGCCCAGCGGCGACCAUCGACGCGCCUCUCAUGAUGGGCGCGGCCAUCCUCUUCGAUGGCCCAGGAGGUGGCGCGCCUCUCAGUUCUUGCGCUGGACCACGCUGAGCGAGCACGAGGCAGCGAAGAGAUUGCCACGCAGGUGCGGCCUUCGCUGCGUUGUUGGUUCGUUUGGGGCGGAGGUGCCUGCGGCCGUGAGUUGUGUCUUCAUGUUGUUAGCUUGUGAAGCGACGCGCCGCGCAAGUUACAAACACCAGCCACCCACCAAAGUGGUCGCGUGGAGGUGUCUUCUAUAUUGGCUCGCGGGCUUCAACAGGGCGGGCCCCUUGUUGCCCGCUCAAAAUGGCAAAGUCGGCGCGGGCGACGGGGUGUGCGGCUUUGCUGCCCCCUGCUCCAGCUGUGUUGUGGGGUUGGGUGAGUCAUUGAGCAAACAGAGACAGGGCGAGGCCCUUGACGAAUGCGUUUAUCUCUUGUGGUGGUGUGACCUUGUAAACGGUCUCGCCCCUUUGCUUCUUCUCGGGUCCUCUCUGUUCGUUAAAGGCGUGGGGCUCAUCUUCUCAGCCAUUUCCAUCUUGAAACUGCUGCAGGCAUGAUCUUGCCUCUCGUUUCUCUGUUCGGUUUGUGUCUCUUUCUGUAAAUAGAAAGAAACACCUAAAACCCCAGAGGCGGCCGCCGCGCCCUCGUUUUCAUUAGUACCGAGCUACCGGCUUGAUGCAAUAAAUAGCAUGUUGGGCCAUGCGCCAUUAGAUUCCCAUCCGCAAACCAGGUUCGACAAGUGGACCGCCGGUAGCAUUAGCGGCUUCCUUCACCCGCACAAAGCUUGGAGCCCUCAUGUUUUCAUUUGCCGCCGUUGCAGUCUUGUUGACAGAGGAGCAGCUACAACGCCGCGACUUCCCCGGACCUUGGAUAAGCUACUACGUACUCAUCGCAGGACACCUACUCGCGCUCAAAAUUGACCGGUAUGCAGUAUGGCUCUGGAAUUUUCUCUUUGAUUCGAGCAGUUGGCUUUUAGCGUAGUACCAGUACGACGGGAUCAAGAGAAAUGUUACUGAGUUACCUCCAGAGAGGAGAGAUAGCCUCGCCGAACUCCAUAUCGACACACACUCAUGCUGUACCUGAAGUACACCAUUGAUUCUUGUUGUAACCUCGUUUCCUCGCCUUGAAGAUUUAUUUUGCAUCAUCUUCUUUCAUUUGCGAUUAAGAACCUGUUGGUUCCUUCAUGGAUAGGGAAGUGGAAGUGGGCAGUCAACGUCGCAGCAGCAACCUCUCUGGCACUCGCCUUAUGCAAGAAAUAUACUCUCCAUAUUGAUAUUCACUACCCGUUACCUAGCAAGCUGCUACAAUACAAAAAUCGAUGAGCUUUGAUAUGUACUGCCCUUUGAUUAUUCUUCUCUAACUACACAUAGACCAUGCAUUAGGAUUUCAAGAUACAGCUACUAGAAGACAGAGUUCUUGAAGUAAAUAAUUUCGUGACCUUGUAUCGGCUUGUUGGCUAACUUCUAGGUAGAAGUGAGGUAGGAGCAAGGGUACGUGAGGUAGAAGUGAGGCAGAAAGUUAGAGGGGGGUAACUUCUAGGUAGAACUGAGGUAGGAACAAAGGUGAAGAGCAUUGAGGUGACCUUGUAUCUGCUUGUUUACCCUUGUUCCUACCUCGCUUCUACCUAGAAGGUAGCCACCUCUAACUUUCUGCAUGAUGGGACAGCAAAGGUUGCAAGCGAUGCAAGAAAUCAAGCUCCGACCGGACGCCGACAAUUGGACAGAAUCUAACAUGGGGUCAUAUAAAAGUAGCACGCCACUGUUCCAACAGGCACAAUAUUAAGAAGACUGAAAACGAGGAGAGCCGUUGUCUUCAUAAAGUCUAACACAUGAAGUAAUUAUCGAGUAAAAAGAAGAAUACAUAUAUUCGAAUUUUUGUGAUACGAACGAUAUGCAAACACUAAAACAAACCAUUUUCAGACAAGCUACAAGUCGAACAGAACCUUCUAUUCCGAGAUAUUCCCUGAAGGUGGCACAACUGACAGGCGUCACUUUGUGACUUCAACUGCUUAUGCCAAGGCGUCAGACGUCAGAU